UCCAAAAUUAUUAAUGAACUAAUAUGUGAUUUUUUGUACAGUAAUUGUCUUUAGAAAGUUUAAAAGGGAGGAUUAAAAAAUUGAUUGUAUGUCUUCAAUUAUAUUCCUGAAGGGAAAUGACGUCAUCGUGGAAUCUGGUAAGGUGACUUUAUCAUCACGAUAUAACUGGCUAUUGUGAAAUUUAAUACAUAAAAUAAUAUUUAAUUAACUACAAUUGUGACAUCGUUGUUUCUGAAACUGUCAUUUUUUUAAUACAAUGGCAAUAAAAUAACGUUUAACAAGUAUGAUUAGUGGCGGCAUCUAUCGGCAAGAUAAUCUAUACAAUAUUAAAGUGUACUAACAAGCACGUGAUAGAGAGGAAUAGUUUUACAUUAAAUACAUUUAACGAUCAUUAGUCUAUUAUAUUCAAAUCUUGGUAACAAUGACUAUAAAUGUCGUAUUGAAUUGUGUUAAGGCAAGAAAUGACGUCAUGUUUGUUUAGCAGGAUAUUUGUAUGAUAUCAUUUUUAGUUAAAAUUGGUCAUUAUUGUGGGUUUCAUUACUCUUCAAACUCGUUCGGCAUAAAUUAAUUUCGUUACGAUAUUUGUUAAUGCAUUCGUAAAGGGUUUUCUCAUACAUUAUCAUUUGCUUUAUUGUAUAGUAGCUUAUGGAAUGGAGUUAAACAAUUGUAAUAUUUCGUGGGUCUUUCGAAAGGUCGUUGACACGAUUAUAAUCAAAACAAUUCUGUUUACAAAAUUAACUGGUCAAAUGCUCCGAAUAAAACUUUAUUAGUGGCAAAAAUAAUUUUUUUUGGUGUUUUAACAUUUUAUAUCACGAUACGUAGGAGUGGUAUCCUAACUUACCGGAAGCACUUACACUGGUUUCCUUCUCAGGAUGACUAAACUUCACUUUUUUCAUCCUCCCUGCCAUCUGUACUGAAAGAAAACAAACUAGGGAGUUUCUCGGUAGCCCACACUUGCCACACUUUGACCUCGAUUAUUUACAAAUUAUAAUUUUUCUUAAUAGGUAUGGGGCCCCAGAAAGGGAUUGCCUCGAGGUGUUACUCGAUUUGUUUCCCUUUAAAGGCAUAAUAAGCCGAAGUGUAAAUUUCCCAGACACCCCUCAGUUCUUUAAAAGAAAUGCUCCUGGAAUAAGUCUUUAAUUAAAAAAUAGAGAGAUUUUUAACUCGGCGAUAUAAAUACAAAGGCUCGUUUGUUGUUGCAUACCUGAAAAGAGAACGGUUACGAUGACGUAGAGUUAUUUUCGCCCACGUGACUAAUCCCUGCCAAUCAACCGAUCGACUAAGGUAUUGUCUGGGCAGCAUGCUUCGUACCUGGUCGUCGAAGUCCUGACUCCCGAUUUAGUUUUAUAAACUCCCAAAUUCGAUACGUUUCCUUAGAAUAACAUCCGCUGUUUAGUAAUUCUAACGAGCGAUGGACAAAGUCGCCCGUCGUUGAGUUCCGUAUACUAAUCAACAGGUGGUUGGUGGGGUUUGACGCCAUUCCUGUUUGUGCCGAGAACAUUGUUGCCUUUUCCUAUGACGUCGCGGCCGAACCGUCCACUCAAAAUCGUCGUUAUAGGGGACGGGACAGUGGGCAAAACAUGCCUUCUGAUUUCCUACACUACAGGAAGUUUCCCCGAAGGAGAAUAUGUACCAACGGUAUUUGAUAAUUUUGCUGGAAAUAUGAAUUGUGAUGGCUUACAAGUUAGUCUUACUUUAUGGGACACAGCAGGGCAAGAAGAUUACGAAAAAUUACGCCCGCUAUCAUACCCUGGUACAGAUGUGUUUCUUUUGUGUUUCAGCGUAGACAACCGACCGUCUUUUAAUAAUAUCGCCGCAAAAUGGCAACCAGAAGUUCGACAUCACUGUCCAAGGGCACCAUACAUCCUAGUCGUGUUCUGUGACCGCACGAUAGCAACCAAAACUGAUUUAAGGAGCACUUCGGACAAUAGCAAUCUUAUAUCGAGAAGCAGCGGUAAGAAAAUGGCAGCUAAAAUCAAAGCAGCGAAAUACGUGGAAUGUUCAGCGAAAACUUUGGAAGGUGUUCAAGAGGUUCUAGAAGAAGCCGUCAGGUCAGUCCUUAACCCAAAGUCAAGCUUUAAAUGUCAACGGCAGAGAUGCUCAUUGCUUUAGUAUUUGUAUAUUAGUCUUUAUAUGUACAGAGCAUAUUCGAUAACGUUUAUUGUUACAUCAAUAAAUUGACUUUAAUAAUGUUUUGUAGUUUUAAAUAGAAAAUAUUCAUGUUUUUACCAAUAUUUAUAUAAAUAUUGUAUGUAGCAAUGGUGCUGCAAUUCGUAAUUUAAGCGUUUUUAAUAUGUAUACCAAACAAAAGUAAUUUAUAUAGAAAAAAAAUGUUGUGUAUAAAAUUUGGAUUAAAUUUUUUAAAUAGAAAUUUUACAUUUCAAAAUAAUACAAUUGUUUCUGUAUUAUACAAUUUAUACUAAAAUUUCCAUUACAAAGCAUUAGUUGUCAUUUCGUGAGAAAAACUGUCCACAUCAUUGGAAAUCAUAAAUUUCAAAGUUGGAAUAUUACAUAAGACUGAAGUUUCAACAACUGUACAAAUAGCAUAUUGAAUUAAAACUUGUACAAAAAUUGAA